CCCACCCCAAUUUCAUCCCCGAUUCAUUCAUUCAUUCUAAUCCAAUCUUCAAUCUAGAAAAGUCCUAAUUUUUUCUCUCUCUAAGAUGCAGAUCUUUGUUAAGACCCUCACUGGCAAGACCAUCACUCUCGAGGUUGAGAGCUCCGACACAAUCGAUAAUGUCAAGGCGAAAAUCCAAGACAAGGAAGGGAUCCCCCCAGACCAGCAAAGGCUUAUCUUUGCUGGCAAGCAGCUCGAGGAUGGCAGGACCCUUGCGGAUUACAACAUCCAAAAGGAAUCAACUCUCCAUCUUGUGUUGAGGUUGAGGGGAGGUAUGCAGAUCUUCGUCAAGACGUUGACUGGAAAGACCAUCACUUUGGAGGUCGAAAGCUCUGACACCAUUGACAACGUCAAGGCUAAGAUCCAGGACAAGGAGGGUAUCCCCCCAGAUCAGCAGAGGUUGAUUUUCGCUGGUAAGCAGCUGGAGGAUGGCAGGACCUUGGCAGACUACAACAUCCAAAAGGAGUCUACCCUCCACUUGGUCCUCCGUCUCCGUGGUGGUAUGCAGAUCUUCGUCAAGACUUUGACUGGAAAGACGAUUACUUUGGAGGUUGAGAGCUCUGACACCAUUGACAACGUCAAGGCUAAAAUUCAAGAUAAGGAGGGGAUCCCACCAGACCAGCAGAGGUUGAUCUUUGCAGGAAAGCAGCUCGAGGAUGGGCGUACCCUUGCUGAUUACAACAUCCAAAAGGAGUCGACUCUCCAUUUGGUCCUCCGUCUCCGUGGUGGUAUGCAGAUCUUCGUCAAGACUUUGACUGGAAAGACAAUUACUUUGGAGGUUGAGAGCUCUGACACCAUUGACAACGUCAAGGCGAAGAUCCAAGAUAAGGAGGGGAUCCCACCAGACCAGCAGAGGUUGAUUUUUGCAGGAAAGCAGCUAGAAGAUGGGAGGACCCUUGCUGAUUACAACAUCCAGAAGGAGUCUACUCUCCAUUUGGUCCUCCGUCUCCGUGGUGGUAUGCAGAUCUUUGUCAAGACCUUGACUGGAAAGACUAUUACUUUGGAAGUGGAGAGCUCUGACACCAUUGACAACGUCAAGGCGAAGAUCCAAGACAAGGAAGGGAUCCCACCAGACCAGCAGAGGUUGAUUUUUGCUGGAAAGCAGCUAGAAGAUGGGAGGACCCUUGCUGAUUACAACAUUCAGAAGGAGUCUACUCUCCAUCUGGUCCUCCGUCUCCGUGGUGGAUUCUAAAUGAUAUAUGCUGGUUACUUGUCUUCUUGCUUACUUGUUAUGUGAUUGUUUUCUGUAUGAACACUUUUAUGGUACUGUGAUUGGUGUUUUGGAAUAAUAUGUGUUUCUUUGGUA